AUGGAACAAGACAUUAUUUCAACUUGUAUGUGUGAUUUGAAUGGAAGAGAGGUAUAUGUCCAGCUAUAAAAAGACUUUAUUAGAUGGGAUAUAUGUGAUACAUCCAAAGAAUCAGGAGAAAUUGACCCCACUUGUGUCCAUGAAGGAGUCUUGUUGGAAUAUGUUAUAGCUGUAGAAAAGACUACUACAAGUAAUAUAGGAGACCAGGCAGAAAGUUUACGUCAUAAAUUAAUACUGAAUUACGCUGAUAGAGGCAAUGAUCCACACCUGUAUCAUCUUCAACACUCAUUAAAGGUGCUUACUUCUGCAUCUGAAGGACAAAUCAAUCAGCUGUAUACAUAUUUAAAUCAGUACUUAAUAAAAGAUGAAAACCGCCCACAUAAUCUACUGGUUCUCAUCAAUCCCAAAGGUGGCCAAUGUUUGGGUGAAGAGAAGUAUAAAACUCUAGUAGAACCAAUAUUUAACAUGGCUCACAUAUCAACUGAUGUUAGGGUCUUAGAAUAUGGGGGACACGCUGGUGAGAUUCUGCAGUCAUAUGACCUCUCAAGUAUAGAUGGGUUAGUGACAGUUAGUGGCGAUGGGACAUUUUUUGAGAUUGUCAACGCUAUCCAAAAACGGGCAAUGCUGGAAGCAAAUCUGGAUGAAAAUGACCCAGAAUGCCGUGUUCCACCAUCAAAUCUACGCCUAGGAGCAAUCGGUGCAGGAACAGGGAAUGGGGUUGCUGUGAUAAGUACAGGAGUACUCAAUACUGACAAUGGAGUCACAUCAAAUGCAAUAUACAUAUCAUUAGGCGUUAGUUCUUUAUCAAUGGAUACAAAUCACAUCUUCUGCAACAAAAAACUUGUGUGCCGUCAACUUCUCAUGUCUGGGUAUGGGUUCUAUGGGGAUGUCUUCUACGACAGUGAGCAGGCUCGCUGGGCUGGAACCAAGCGAUAUAUAUAUGCUGUUCUGAAGAACUUAAUAAGACAUCGUACACACGAAACAGAGAUUUCAUACCUACCGCAUGAUUCUCCAGAGGGCGGGGAUUGGGUUACAAUUCAAGGAAGGUACAAGGGAAUUCUGCAGUUCAACUUUAUUUUUAAUCCUGGUAAUGGGCGAGAAGAGUUUGAAUCAUCACUACAGAAUGGCUUCAUGUAUAUCUACUGUCUAAAGGAAUGUUCUAGAUGGCAGCACUUACUCCGCUGGAAGAGAUGGAUUGACUCUAUUAGAUUUAAGCAAGGAUAUACUUUGCAUGAGCCCUAUGAAGACCUAUACAUUGCCAAAGCUUUCAGAAUAAAAGCAAUAGGACCAGAUGCUUCCCUACCAAUCAACAGCAGAGCCAGCUUUGAUGGGGAAUUUCACCAACUGGAGAAAUCUGAAUUCGAAGUUCGGGUCCAAAGGAGAAGUGUGAAACUGUUUGGAGUUUUACACAAAGACCCUCCAAAAGAUGGCACUCCUGUAUGAUUGACAGGUGUAUGGGAAACAUAUGCAUCAGUACAAAUAUGGAAGAUAUGAGUGUGCUGAUACAAACACUGUAGAUACAUUUAAUUUGGUUUCUGUUUUAAUUUGACAGAUUGGCGUAUUGAAAAUUUCAGAUCCCAUUUUAGAAAAUCCCCUAAGGAAUUUGCAAUUUGCAAUUAUUUCACUUGUGUAAGUAUUCCUAUUUGGAUGUCAGUGCCAUAUCAAGACUAACUGCAAGUAGAAC